AGCCAGCAGGAGUUCAGUGCAGAUGGGCGGUGUUUUAUACUGGACAAGGAAGACCUAACGCUACCAUUCAAGCCAUAUUUUCAGCCUGGUCAGUGCGGUGCCGACCCCAGCACCAUGGCUACAUUAAGGUUUGACUGUAACUAUUUGUUGGGGCGGCUGUUUUUGCAGUAGUUGGCCUGUUCGCGGUGAUCCGGCCUGCCGUCCACAGCGCUGUCUGCACCGGUAGUGUAGAUGCCUUGGCUGAGAUGAGUGUGAAGGCUUUUGAGCUUGUCCCCGCUGUGGAGCGAGAUCUCCUCAUGGGCGACAAGGCUCGCAUCAACAUCGAGUGCAUUGAAUGCUGUGGAAAGCACUUGUACUUGGGCACCAAUGACUGCUUCAUCCACCACUUCCUGCUGGACGAGGUCACUUCCUCCAAAGGGAAACUCAGUUACUCGGCUCAGAAGCUGCUGCACAAAUAUCUGGGCCUCAAGAAACCAGUCGCUGAGCUGCGAGCUGCCUCCGCUUUGGAGCGUCUGAUAGUGCUUUGCGAUGGAAUAGUGUUCCUGGUGGACAUGGUGACACUGGAGACGGUGCCCUCUGCGGCAGGAGGCGGAGCCAAGAUCAGAGGUGUGACAGCGUUCUGCAUUAACGAGAACCCGGUGAACGGUGAUCCGUUCUGCGUGGAAAUGGGCGUGCUGUCCUCCAAGCGGCGGACGGUGCAGAUUUUCAUGGUGUAUGAAGACAGAGUGCAGCUGGUCAAAGAGGUGACCACGCCUGAGCAGCCCUGUGCCGUCAGCGUUGACGGUUACUUCUUGUGCCUGGCCCUCGCUACACAGUACAUGAUCCUGAACUACAACACAGGAGCCUCCCAAGACCUCUUCCCUUACAACAGUGAAGACAGGAGACCCAUUGUGAAGAGGAUCGGCAGGGAGGAGUUCCUCUUAGCAGCACCUGGUGGUCUGGGAAUGUUUGCCAAUGCAGAGGGGGUAUCUCAGCGUGCUCCAGUCAACUGGUCGGAGAGCGUGAUCGGCGCUGCUGUGUGUUUUCCGUACGUGGUGGCUUUGGAUGAAAGCUUCAUCACCAUCCACAGCAUGUUGGACCAACAGCUAAAACAGACCCUCUCAUUCAGGGACGGACACAUCCUGCAAGACUUUGAAGGAAAAGUGAUUCUGGCGUCCACUAAGGCUGUGUAUGUCCUGGUGCCCCUGCCGCUGGAGAGACAGAUCCAGGACUUACUGGCCAGUCACAGAGUGGAGGAGGCGCUCAUCCUCACAGAGGGAGCUCAGCGAAAUAUUCCCAAAGACAAGUUCCAGAUUUUGCACAAAAGAAUCCUCCAGCAGGCAGGUUUCAUUCAGUUUGGCCAACUUCAGUUUCCAGAAGCAAAAGAACACUUCAGGAAGGGUCAGUUGGAUGUGCGGGAGCUGAUAUCUCUCUACCCACUGCUGAUGCCUGCUUCCUCUUCGUUCACACGCUGCCACCCUCCUCUCCAUGAGUUUGCAGAUCUCAACCACCUGGCACAGGGCGACCAGGACAAAGUGCUGCGAUGCAAGAAAUUCCUUAUCAGUUACUUGGGAGAGGUACGAAGCACAGAGGUGGCCAAUGGCUGCAGAGAGGACGUGGACACGGCGCUGUUGAAGCUGUACGCCGAACAGGAUCACGACAGCCUUCUAGACCUUCUAGCUUCAGACAACGCCUGCCUACUAGCAGACAGCGUCCCAUGGCUGGAGAAAUAUCACAAAUAUUUUGCACUCGGGCUGCUCUAUCAGUAUAAUAGUCAGGAAUCAGCAGCACUUCAGAUGUGGAUUCGUGUGGUAGACGGGGACCUGCAGGACUCCACGAGAUCUGAUCUUUAUGAGUACAUUGUGGACUUUCUCUGCUCCUGCUCCAACCAGGACCUCGUGUGGAAGUAUGCAGACUGGGCUUUGCAGAAGGAUCCCACCAUAGGUGUCCACAUCUUCACUAAGAGGCCCAUCAGUAAAGAUCUGUCAGAGCUGAACACUGAUGAUGUCAUCACUUACCUGGGAAAGCACAGCCAGGCGCUGCUUCUCUACCUGGAACACCUGGUGCUGGAGAAAAGGAUACAGAAAGAGAAGCUCCACACACACUUGGCCGUGUUGUACGUGGAGAGGGUCUUAUCACUGCUGUCCGAGUCGCCAGCAAAUGAAGAGCAGCUCACCAAAGCGAGAGAGAGGCUCCAAGCUCUGCUCAGGGAGUCCGACUUAUACCGUGCACAGUUUCUUUUAGGUAAGAUGGACAACUGUGAACAGCUGCUGCUAGAGCGUGCAACACUACAUGGAAAACUGGAGGAGCAUGAUAAGGCGCUGCAUAUAUUGGUGCACAAGCUGAGAGACUUCCCGUCUGCUGAGGCCUUCUGUAUAUGGGCCUCUUCUUGUCGGGAUUCUGCGUACCGACAGGAGCUGUUUCACCUGCUCCUGGGGGUUUAUCUAGACGGAAACAUUUCUGAAAAAUCCCAGGCUGCAGCCGGUGGAGGAGGAGAGCUGGAGAUGGCGGCAGUGGACCUGCUAAAUCGGCACGGCGAGGUGUUUGACGCAGUCCGUGUCCUGCGUAUGCUCCCUGAGGGCUGGUCCCUGCAGCUGCUGCGGCCCUUUCUGGGUCGAGCCGUCAGGGCCAGUAUGCACACCUGCCGCACGUCCCAGAUCGCUGUGGGGCUCGCCCACUCCGAGAACCUUCAACUGUUGCAUGACCGGUUGAAAGUCCGGAAGAAACCAAUCUUUGUGUCUGAAAAGAAAGGAUGCCACCUGUGCCACAACACCUUCAGUGAGCCUGACGUGGUGUGUCUGCCAGGUGGAGUGCCUGUCCAUACUCACUGUGUCGCCCAGAGAGUAAGAGACUCUCCCACAAAGAGACAGUUAACUAAUAGCAGUAAACAUACGUGAGACUUGACACUUGAAACUACCAUGUGAUCUGUGAUCAGAGGCACUAAAGCAGGACAUGCUGAGGACUGUGGGGAUAACAAAAAAAGCACAGAACACUUAUUGCCAGAGUAGAUCCUGCAAAGAGAAACACAAAGAAAGCUGUGCGAGCAUGCAUGUGUGAGCGAGAGUGCAAGGGAGAAACGGAUGAUUUCAUCUAUUUAUUCCUGUGCCGCAGUUGUACCACACUGUCGGACUGCAAGAUCUGAAUACAAGUAGGAAGUCACCCGGCCCUUUAAUACAUUUAAACAGAGAAAUAAUUAAAGGGAUAGUUUGGAUUUUUGAAGUGGGCUUGUAUGACGUUUUGAUGCAUAAUCAGUGUAUUACCAAUAGGUGUACUGAAACGGAAGCUAAACAAUGUACCGCUUUAGCAGCAGCAGCAAAACAUGCUUUUAAAGAUUAUUUUUGGGCACUUUUCAGCUUAUUGGACAGAGAGAAUGGAAAGGGGGACAUGUGGCUAAAGGACCCUGAACCAGAUUCACACCCAGGUCUGCCACACCCAGGACUCAGCCUUAGUGGUAUGCGCUCUACGAGUGAGCCACCAUGUUUUAGACACCCAGGUCCACCUUUAAAAAAAAACAUCGACAUCCAUAUGUCACAUGACUUUACACUAUAUUUAGAAUAUUUUCCCUGCUUUACAUUCCCGCCAGCCCUGUUUAAAAUAACACAAGGGAAUUGAAGCCGUUAUUGUCAAAGCCACCAGACUUUCCCUUGACAAAAAGAAUCAUUUUAAGCUUGCAGAACGUAGGAGUGGCUGGUCUACCGCCUUGGAAUGGAAAGUGUCUUCAUUGAUAGAUCAUAGAGGUACAACACAUGUGCAGUGCGACUGGAUCUGUGAUGUUGGACGGCUUUUGUCUGCGAACACCUCAGUGAAACAAAUCAAUUAUCCCCAUGCUCUAUAAAAGUGCAGUAACUGCAUGUCCUCCCUGUCUACAGCAGCCUCAAUCGUUUUGUUUGAGUGACUUUGCUGAAUUCAAGCUAACCCUUUAAAACACCAAAAUCGCCCUGUGUUCAGCAAGGUAAAAUUACUAUUUUGGUUAAAGGAGUUUAGUGGCUUUGAAGAGGGCAUAGAUAACAGCAUCAGUUCCCUGUUUGUCUGACUGCAGGGUAAUGAAGUGACAAUAUUCUAAACAUGGCGUACACUUCAACUGAUAUAGAUUCUUUUAGGUGGAUAAAAUAGAUUUUGCUGCUGCCCCCGUACCAACUGCCAUCUAAUGUAGUUAAUGGAAAAUUAACAUAGAACCCUACUUAAAAACAAAUCCAAACUAUCCCUUCAAAGACAGGCUCCUGUGCUUAUCUGUGGGUUCAGUAAUGUACCGGUCAUCGUUUUUGCUUGAACAGUUUUCAACCUGAAACUGCUUGAACUACAGAACACACAAUAUUUGAAACCUGUUGCAGAUAUCUCUGAAGCAUGCAUAGUGUUACCACUCUUACAGUUCUGGUCUAAUCACCUUAUAUGGGUAUUGUGUUAAUAUUGUCCUAACCUGCACAUUGCAGCGUUGGGUUUUAAUGUGAAAUACUACAAAGACUCAUUAAUACUGAUCGAAACGGAGUCUUUUAUGUCUGUCUUUUACUCUCUGGGAUCUGGUCUCACUGCUGCUUUAUUUUCCCAUCAGCUAUAACGGCACUGGAUGUUGUGUUUAUAUUCAGUUCAACGGUUUGAUCCAAUCUUAUAAUUUAUCAUGGUCAGAAAAUCUUGUCUCGGUGUGUCGUCUGUUGAGCAACAACAGUAAAACACUACAUGAAAUCUUAUAUUUCUCCACUAAUCAUCACUAAGUUUAACUGGGGGUUCAGUACACAAACUGACUUAAGAAUGACCUGCUUAAACUGGCAAGGAUGAAAUAAUAUUUACAGAUAAUAUGUCACUUAACACAUUGUGACAGCAAAUGUUAUGGUGCAGAUAUAUCAUCAAAUCAUGUGUAAUCAAGCUCCACAAUUUGUGUCUGGUUUCAAGUAACUAAUGAAAUAAAUCAAGAGACAUCUUCACCUUUCACCUGCUGUCAUAGAUCCAUUUUAAGUCAAUCAACACAAAACAAAUGUCAGUCAGUAGCUAAGUUAAAUACUAUUUAGAAAGGUAAUUUGAAGAUAUUUUUGUUCUGAAAUUAAAAUUUGACCCAAGUCUUAAGGAGGGGCAAGGAGGUAAUUUGUUCCAAACAUUUUUAAUUGGAAUGCCAUGAAAUAAUUGUAAGUAGUCUCUUGCAUGUUAUCCCUAUCUGCAAGUUAUUCAGUUAUUUUUUCACUGCUUACAAUUUUACUGUGUUCCGAAUCUUUUUUUGUCUUUUCAUUUGUACUGCAGCUGCAGUAGUAUUGCAUGCGGUAUGCAAACAUAUGGGACAUUCAAUUUAAAUAUAAAAUUGCACCUUGAACUUUGACCCUCUGAUCUGUUACCUGACUGUCAUCUGUCUUUGCUCUCUCAGGGUCAGGUUAAGAAAUUAAUUAAAUUAAGAAAAGCAUUCUGGCUUAUAUCAUGCCUAAUGCAACUGGACACAAUAGGACAUCCUGGUAUGUUUACCUCACUGGUAUUUGACGUACUAUUGGGACAAAUCUUUUUCUGUCAUACAUACUAACUGGUUCGGGUAUUGGAACGCACUCAUUCUACUGAAGCUGUGAACAAGUGUUUGACCACAAGAUGGCAGUAAUAUUUAAAAUGUUUAAAACAUGAAACUACAAGUACUACAGCUGAAACAUAAUGGAAAAAAACGUUAUGCUAUUACUUAGAUUAUUCUUUGAAUGCCCUGACUAUGCUUUUAAAAUAAUGGCAAAAACAUAUUUAUAAAGCUGCUUGGAACAAAUCCUCAAAAUCUGUUACAUAAUUGUCUAACUUUUUAGUUUUGUUUUUUUACACUACACAGGAAUCCAUUAACGUAUAUCUUGGUCUUGGCGAAACAAGAAUGCUUUAACAGUAAACUGUGCUAUUAAAUAUCCUCCUACUAAAGAUCAAAUGUUACAAACCUCCCGAUUAAACAGCUGAUUGGGUUAUAGAUUAAUUCUACUGCAUUCCUAACAAAAUAAUGAAAGACUCAAAGAAAAUGGUAGCCUCAUAAUCCAUGAUAUUGCACUAUAUAUGACAUGUUUUUUUUUUUAUGUUUGGAAACCAAAACCUUUAUCACCCAUGACUUGAAUGUGGCUCAAGAACGUGUGACUUGAUGCAUCUCAGCUCUUAGAACUGAAGGAGUUAUAAUUGUAUUAAUUAUUUAUCCUUUUCACCAUGACAACCCCUCUCAAUUUCGACAUCAUGUCGUGUAUGUGUCCAAUAACAAUAGAGAGCAGCUUGAACCUCAUAAAUGUUUCUCCCAAGCAAACAUAACUUAUGGCAGGUGCGUAAUGUGUUUAAUGUGCUGCUAAAUUGUGUGAACAGUCAAAAUUCAGGGACAUAUUCCUAAAUGUCUGCUGGAGGUGAGGCCUUGAUAAAAAGAUGUUUAUGUCAAACUAUCUCACUUUGAACAAUUGAAGAAGAAGAUGGGAAUUUCAUUAGAGAUUAAUGAGAUUAAAAAAAAAAAUAAACAUGGUUUUGUAAAGUUGCUGUCCACAUUAGUCUUUAUCAAGAUAAAUAAUGAUGUACCACCAUUUUUUCCCCUUCAUGUUUAAUGCUUAAUUCUCAUCCUAGAGAUGCAUUUUUCACUGAAGAUACCCGGCCAGAUUUUCAGUUUGCAAGAUCAUCAGUAUUCCCCAAAAUCAAGCCUCCGUGGACUUUAAAUUUUAAGUGACUGAAAGAACAGACAAGUGUGUUUAUUUCCAGCUAAUUCAGAUUGUCCAACCUUCUUCAACACAUCACUGUUGUGGGUUUUUGCUUGUUUCUCUGGUGCCUGUGCUGUUGAUGCUAGCCUUCUGUGACUGCAACACAUUUCUGCGAGGGAACUUUGUGCAAACAUGGGACUAUUUUUCUAACUUGGAGAUCUGGAUAUUGUAGAUUCUAUAGGCUUGACUCACUUUCCAUGACAGAAAUUCACAGCUUACGCACAGCAUCUUUCUGUCUGAACAGUUUAAGUGUAGCUUGCUUAGAAGGCCUCCUAACCAACACUUCAAAUAAUGAAAAAAAAAUACAGUAUUGUGUCGAGAAAAAAAAAUACUAUUGUAUUUUAUAAAUAUAUGUAUACUGGUAUGUAUAUACUGCAUUUGUACUUGUUUGUUGCUUUCUAAAUCAAUGCCAAUGUGGAUGGAGUGUACAAACUGUAAAUCCGUCCCAUUUUAAUAAACAUGAAACUGUAUAUCAACUCA